AAGAUUUUAGCUGAUGGAUUCGCCGCUUGAAUGCGCUACAGUAGCAGAUGGCAGAAUCAUCAAAAUCAACACUGGAGUUUUUUUCUGUGAAGUGUGAACGAAGAACAGGCAGUGAGGCAGGCAUCAUUUGAGGAGUGAAACACACACAACACAAGUUUCAGAUCGUUGUUACAGGAAAAGAAAAUCUGUCCUGACAAAUUCAACGUAGAGUUUUUACUUGAUACUCGGAGGUCAAGUAAUAACAAAUAUCAGGAUGACACGAGGAAACCAACGUGAUCUCGCAAGAGAGAAGAAUCAAAAAAAGCAACAAGAACUUGCGAAAAGGAAAGGGAUUUCUGAUAAAGGUACAAACAAAGGAAUGACACUAGAACAACGCAAGCAGAGAGACGCAGAGUUGAUGCGAGAAAAGCAGAAAAAAGCGCAACAAAAAGACGAGUUAUGAGGAAACCGGAAUUAUUUUAAAUUUUGACUCAAAUCCAAAUCUUGUAUGACACCUAGGUUGAUGUGAUUUGUUAAUAAACUCUCUCAGCUGUCAGUUUCGAACCAGAGUGAAGAUUUUAUUUGACAGUUGUGUAGAAUAUAUUAAUGUUUACUUCCAAAAGUAAAUUAAUGCACAUGUUUCCUUACAUUGGGCACAACAGAUUUCAAGUCUGGAGUAUUCAAUAGUCCAUUCAGCAACUCCCCAUUUUUAUAAUAUUUAUUAAAUAAAGUGUACCUGUGAUUGUGUCAAUCAGUAA